AAGCGUAGUGACCUAGAUUUAACAUAAAUUUGUUGACUUUGAACUAACUAGUGAAAAUUUGUUCGAUUGUCAUAUUUCUCUGUGUAAAAUUGGAUUUUUUUUGUAAUGUGAAGUCUAUAUAUGAAGCAAAGUUUUAAUCUUUCUCAUAAUUUCAACAUAAUCUUGUCAGGUUCAUUGAUAAUAUAGCCUUUAGCUGGAAUUGAAAACAUGAGUCUGUGUAGCGAUGGUUUAUCGAGUGAUCAGUAUUUCUUGGUGAAUUUCAUCAUGAGCAAUUACUUGGGUCCUGAUGUGUAUUCUGAUAACCCAAGAUGUUCAGCUUCUCAAAGAUUAGCCAAAGGUUCACCACCUUACACUUUGAUGCACAUUGGAUCUUCGUCUUUAACUGUUGCGCAGCUGCAGAACUUGUACUAUAAUGUACUGAAAGAUGCAAAGCCCAGCCUUGUUCUCCAUCCAGAUAUGAUUUAUAUGUAUCUCAAGGGAUACCUACCUUUGGAACCAAGUGGAAGGUUUCCUCAAUUCACGCAUUUUUUCCCGACGAAUCUUCACCCGCAGAAAAGGUAUUCCCCGAGCCAUGAGAUUGUGAAAGGAAUUGUUGUUAUUGAUGAUCCUGCAGUUGCAUUCAUAAACAAGGAAGAACUCCAAAGAUUCAGAUGCUUGUCGCGUUUGGACGACCUGAAAAUCGAUAGAGUUGUAUCUUUAUCUCCUCGGCGUGUGAAGCUGGAUGAAAGCCGGGAAACAGAGCUGGACUGUUCAAGAAAUGGGGAAGCGACAGCUAAUGGACGUGUACCUAGCGAAGACUACAAUUCAUCUGGAGAGCUUCAAGAAACGUGCAAGAAAAAUAAUGGGGAAGAAGCGGUUGCUAGUUGCGUAAUCAGUGAACCAGAAAGUCAGGGAAUGAAGCAGGACUGUUCAAGAAAUGGAGAAUCGGCAUUCAAUGGAAUUGUCUCUGACCAAGACUACUAUUCAUUUGUAAAGCCUCGAGAAACACACAAGCGAAAGAACGAGGAAGAAGAAACAGUUGCUGGUCAUGCUGUUUGUGGAACAAGUAAAACCCCUGAAAGAUUUCGUGAGACAUACAAGAGAAAACGGUUCAAGAACUCAUCAAAAAAGGCAACAAACAAGAACGGCGAAUCUCUUACGGAAAGAGAAAAAACAGAUAAGCCUAUACAUGUUCCUCCUGAAAUGAAGGAAAGCGAUGCAGAACCAUCAGUUGUAACUACCGGAACAGCCAGUAAAGAAACUCUAGGAACAUCUGUUGGUGUCGUCGACAUUGGUGUCAACAAAGUUGCUUACUUUUUUCAGGUUGCUUUGCCCGGUGUCCGAAAAGAUUACGGUGAAUUCAGCUGCGAGAUUGAAUCAGAUGGUAAGGUGAUACUUGAAGGAUCGACUACGACAGGCGAAAAAACGAUCAAGAGGCAUUCUCGGGUUUUUGAAAUGAAUAUCCGGAAGCUGUGUCCGCCUGGACCAUUCAAGCUGUGCUUUAACCUCCCAGGACCAGUUGAUCCGCGGCUAUUCUCUCCUAACUUCCGAUCAGAUGAAAAGAAACGAAAAAAAGCUCUGGAUUCGGAAUCUCAGAUCAAGAAACCAACGAUGCCGAUAAAGGUAUUGUCGUCGCUUGAUGCAGCUCGAAUACAAUGGUACCAUUUCAAAGCCAUCAUAGUCGCAGGAAUGGGUCUAUUCACCGAUGCAUACGAUCUUUUCUGCAUCGCACCGGUCAUGAAAAUGAUUAGCCAUGUUUAUUACAACGGUGACUCAAUCAACACGGCGGUUCUUUCGACUUCUUACGCCAUCGCUCUACUCGGCACAGCCACGGGUCAACUCGUCUUUGGUUACCUCGGUGACCGAGUCGGUCGUCGCCGAGUCUACGGACUUUGUUUGAUUAUUAUGAUCCUUAGCUCUUUUGGCUGUGGCUUUUCCGUGUGCACCACUCGUCGGUCUUGUGUUAUGGUUAGCCUCGGUUUUUUCCGGUUUAUUCUUGGUUUGGGUAUCGGUGGUGAUUACCCGCUUUCGGCUACCAUUAUGUCGGAGUUUGCUAAUAAGAGGACACGUGGCGCGUUUAUAGCUGCGGUGUUCUCGAUGCAAGGGUUGGGGAUUUUGGUUAGCUCUGCCGUGACCAUGGCUGUUUGCGUGGCGUUUAAGAGAGGUGCCGGUGGUUUGGAGGUGGAUGCGGCGGCUCCUACAGAAGCCGACGUGGCGUGGAGACUUAUACUUAUGAUCGGUGCUCUUCCUGCUGCAUUGACAUUCUAUUGGCGAAUGCUGAUGCCUGAAACCGCAAGAUACACAGCACUUGUGGAAAACAAUAUCGUCCAAGCAGCAAAAGACAUGCAAAGAGUCAUGUCAAUAUCUCAUAUCUCCGACGAAGCCACGACGGGGCCACCUCCUCCUCCGCUGCCCCCUUCCUACAAACUCUUCUCCCGCUGCUUCUUCCGCCUCCAUGGCCGCGACCUCUUCGCUGCCUCUUUGAAUUGGUUCUUAGUAGACAUUGUCUUCUACACAAGCAAUCUCCUCCUCUCCCAUAUCUUCAGCCACUACUCCAAGAAACCUUCCUCCGCAGAAAACGUCUACGACGCAGCCUUCGAAGUGGCGGAAUUAGGAGCCAUAAUCGCCGCUUGCUCUACGAUUCCUGGUUACUGGUUCACAGUUUACUUCAUUGACAAGAUAGGUCGUGUCAAAAUCCAGAUUAUGGGGUUUUUCUUCAUGGCCGUUGUUUAUUUAGUUGCUGGGAUUCCGUACACUUGGUAUUGGUCAAAACAUGAGCAGAACAAUAAAGGCUUAAUGGUUCUCUACGGUUUGAUCUUCUUCUUUUGCAAUUUUGGUCCCAACACUACAACUUUUAUCAUUCCCGCAGAGCUUUUUCCGGCUAGGUUUAGGUCUACUUGCCACGGGAUCUCUGGCGCCGCUGGUAAGCUUGGGGCUAUUGUGGGCACUGUUGGGUUCUUGUGGGCUACCAAGAAGAUGGAAGGCGAUGAUAAAAACCAGGUUUAUCCCGAAGUGAACCGUAUGAGAAUUGCUUUCUUGAUUCUCGGUGGCGUUUGCAUCGCCGGAAUCUUUGUGACGUAUCUCUUCACGAAGGAAACUAUGGGAAGAUCGUUAGAGGAGAACGAGCAUGAACAAGAUAACAAUGAUGAGAGUGAAGAUGAGCCACAGAUUGUUGACGGGCAAUCCCCUCCGUGAGCACUUUGCUUCAGACACGCUGAUAAUAUUGAGAUAUCAAGCAUAUGAUCAGUUCAAGUUCAGCAAAGGAAGCCACAUUCAUUGUUUA